GCCGCCCUCGGUCCCCCGCUCGGGGACCCCCAAGUGGCCAUGUUCUGCGGGAAGCUGGUGUUGCAUCUGAACGUACAAACGGGUCGUUGGGAGCCGGACGCCUUCGGCACCCACACUUGCUUCCGUACCGCCGAAGAGAUCCGCAGCUACUGCCAGGAGGUAUACCCCGAGCUGCAGAUCACCAAUGCCGUGGAGGGUACCCAGCCUGUCGCCAUCGACAACUGGUGCAAGAAGGGGCGACCCAAGUGCAGAAACCACCGGCACAUCGUGGUUCCCUAUCGGUGUCUGGUGGGUGAAUUUGUGAGCGAGGCGCUCCUGGUGCCCGACAAAUGCAAGUUCCUGCAUCAAGAGAAGAUGGACUCGUGCGAGAGCUACUUGUAUUGGCACAGUGUGGCCAAGGAGGCCUGCAGCCCUGAGGAACUGGUGCUUCACAGCUACGGCAUGCUGUUGCCCUGUGGGGCCGACCGCUUCCGAGGGGUCGAGUACGUGUGUUGCCCCGCACGCCCCACGCCCGUCAGGGUGGAACAAGCCACCGAGGCCCCUCCGAGCCUUGCCCAUAUGAGGGCGGAAGCGGUGUACAGCAACAAGGUUCCAACAGCUCGCAUCCCAACGGAGGAGGAGAGCCUGGAGCUGGAAGAAGAUCGGGACCUGGAGGAGGAGGAGGAAGAGGUGGAGGAGGAGGAAGAGGAAGAGGAAGAGGAGGAAGAGAGCCCUCCAGACAAUGCCUCAGACUCGGACCCCUUCCCUAACGCCUUGGAUGACUACUUUGUGGAGCCGGGUUACUACGACGAUAGCAUCACCCAGACGACCAUCACCACCACUACGCAGACCACUGAAGAGGACAUCAAAGUGACCCCGACCCCUCGCCCGACAGAUGGAGUGGACGUGUACUUUGAAAUGCCCGGAGAUGGGAGCGAGCACGCCAACUUCCUGCGGGCCAAGAUGGAUCUGGAGGAGCGCCGCAUGAGGCAGAUCAACGAGGUCAUGAAGGAGUGGGCCGAGGCCGACAACCAAGCCAAGAACUUGCCCAAGACUGACCGACAGGCACUCAACGAGCAUUUCCAGUCCAUCCUCCAGACGCUGGAAGAGCAGGUGGCCAAGGAACGACAGCGGCUGGUGGAGACUCACCUGGCCCGGGUGGUGGCCCUGCUGAACGAUAACCGCCGUGCAGCGCUCGAGAGCUACCUGACAGCCGUGCAGAAUGAUAACCCUCAGCCGGACCGCGUCCUGGCAGCCCUGAAGAGGUACGUGCGGGCAGAGCAGAAAGACCAGCGUCACACCCUCCGCCACUACCAGCACGUGGCUGCCGCCGAUCCCGAGAAGGCUGAACAAAUGAAGUUUCAGGUGUACACCCACCUCCACGUCAUUGAAGAACGGAUGAAUCAGAGCUUGGCCUUGCUGUACAAGAAUCCCCAACUUGCUCAAGAGCUCCGUGGGGACAUUGAGGAGCUGCUGCGAUCUGAACGGGUGGCGACGAACGACCUGCUCACCACCUCCAUCUCGGAGACGCGCACCACCGAGGAGUUCCUCCCUGUCGACAGUAGUGAAGACAUGGGUGCUGAGAGUCAUUCGUACCUGCGUGACGGAGAAGAUUCUGAACAAGUUGACAAGAAAGCUUCUGGACUGGCCGAAUAUGACUACCCAACCAGCGACAAAGCCUUGCUCUAUGAGUAUGAGCGGAAAGUUAACGUUUCUGCCUCGGACCUAAAAGGCCUGGUGUACAAAUCCCAAGAGAUCCAACGGGACGAGUUGGAACCGGACACCUUGGUGACCAUCAACAGGGGUGCCCUGAUCGGCCUUCUGGUGGUGGCCGUGGCGGUUGCCAUGGUGAUCAUCGUCAGUCUCCUGAUGGUCCGCCGAAAGCCCUACGGGACCAUCAGCCACGGCAUCGUUGAGGUGGAUCCUAUGGUUAGCCCCGAGGAGCGGCAACUGAACAAGAUGCAGAACCACGGCUACGAGAACCCCACCUACAAAUUCUUUGAGGAGAUGAACUGAGUCCCUCGGUGCUAAGGGGUGGGGUGGGGAAUGUGGUGUCACUGGGGGAG